CAGCUGUUCUCGAUGGUCUGCGUGGACGGCUACGAGGAUAUCCCUGAUAUCACCGCGCGGCCAACAUUGAAGUACAUCGUGUCGGCGGAAGCGGCAGUGCGGCACCUACUGGACACCAACCCGCUGAUCACGCACGACGGGCCACAGCUUACGAUCACCGGACUGGACGCUGGGCGGGUCCACAGGACAACCGGGGCCUACAGGAACUUGCGAAGAACGGUCGCAAGGUGGUCCGGAGGUAUCAAAUUCUAUGCAAAAGACGACUAUGAAAACGCACCGAAGAAAAUCGACCCACUGCUGACCGCCCAGGCCCCCUACACCGAAAUAGCUGCGCGGGACGAUUUUGACGAAUCAGGCCCAUGGCCGAUCCGGCACUUUGACAAAGUGCCCUUCAACUUAAGUAUGGAAAGGACGAAAAUGACGCAGCUGGAGCUGCAGCGGAAGUUCGCGGACAAGACGGCUGCAGCGGUGAAAGAAUACACCAGCCGUAAGCGGCAGCGGGUUCAGGAAGACCCGCAGAGCUCGCAAAAUAGUGCGGGCACACAGUAG